UAAACCUACAAAAGCCGCCGGUUGCCGCCCAACCGCAAGCCUCCUCUUUACCUAAGAUCAUUUUCAAACUUUUCAAUGCAAUAUUUUCUUUUUUCCAAUCUAUUUGUCUUAAAUUAAUUGCAGUUUCAUUUUUCCUGAGCUGCAAUGAGUGAUCGAGCAACUGAAUCAAAUGAGGCACAGUCAAGCUCAGAAGAAGCUCAGAAGCCUCAGAUUGAGCCUAUUCGGAUGCCUACUGUGGAGGAAAUAAGGGGACAAGACAUUUGGAACAACUGUGCUGUUCGUAGUGUUGUUAGUGGAGUCAUGGGAGGGGGACUAGGGUUGUUCAUGGGUCUGUUUCUAGGGGCACUGGAUAACCCAAUAAUGCAAGAGGAAAUGACAACGAGGCAACAACUUGUAUACCAAGCAAAGCAGAUGGGUCGGAGGAGUUGGAGUUCCUGCAAAACUUUUGCUGUUAUGGGUUUGGUUUUCUCUGCUGCUGAAUGUGUCGUUGAGAAGGCACGGGCAAAGCAUGACAUGACAAAUACAGCAGUAGCAGGGUGCGUAACAGGAGGCACAUUAUCAGCUAGAGGAGGUCAGGGGUUCGAGCCGUGGAAACAGCCUCUUGCAAAAAUGCAGGGUAAGGUUGCGUACAAUAGACCCUUAUGGUUCAGCCCUUCCCCAGAUCUCGCGCAUAGUGGGAGCUUAGUGCACCGGGCUCCCUUUCAUGUCAUUGGAAUGUAACUCACACGUACAAGAAGAAAGACAAAAUCAAAUGUUAUAACGUAAAUUUUCCCCAAAGAGGUAUUAGCAACUUAAAGCGAUCCAAAGAUUUGAGAACAAUGUGUUGGUUGAAACAGUUGUAGCCAAUCACAACUAGCUUGGGAUUAAGGUGUUUGAUGUUAAUGUACCUUUCUCUUAAAAGAAGGCGUUCACGUUGGUGUUGUUGCAUUUCUUCCUCGAUUUUGUUACAUAUGCUCGUCCUGCUAAUUUCUUCUUACUUGAAUGAAAUAUUAGCUUACCUCAGUAGAUUAUUUUUGAGACCUACAUGAAUAUUAUGUUUUGUAACAUAUGGACUUGGGACAAUUAGGAUUGCAGUAGGAUUUCUUUUCGCUGUGGAAUAGGAUUGUAUUUUGGUAUUAGUGGGAGACAGAUAUCUUUUAACAUUAAAUACGGAUGGAGUGAUACAUCUUCUCAUAGUAGUCAUUGUUGUUGACAUGAGUACUAAAGUAAGAUACAGAAAUUCAUGGGGGCUUUACCUGAGCCCUAUAUAUAUAUGUGUGUGUGUGUGUGUAGUGCUGCUAUGUGACAAUGUCAAAAACCAGUUUCUUAUUCUUGACUUAAUUCAUUAUUUAUGAGUGUGGUGAAGAAAGGGGGGUGGGUUGUUGGGCUGCUUUCCAAGGAUAUAAGGGAAAAGAGUUCUUCUUCUGGCUUUUGACAUUUGAUCUAAACUUGCUUGUAGAAUGAAGCCUGUAUCGGGCUGUUUAAAUUACAGCUUUUCUAUCACUGAUGAAGCAAGUAAUUGGACUGUGCUAUUCCAAAUUA